CCUCGCUUUGCUACCUCCUGAUACUUCUGCAAGCAGUUUUACUCUGCCAUUUCUGCACGGCUGCCAGAAAUGGCACUGCCAAAAGGAAUGGAACCAGGGUUCCAGAUGGAACAUGGAUUUCGAUGGGUCUCGGAGGUCCCUGGCUCGACCUAUCCUCUUCCACGCCGUCUUCGCCCGGUGCCCGAGUGGCCCGAGAUUCGGCCCUUCUGUGCUCGGACACGGCCGGAUUGACUCCGGGUCAAACCAAAUUGUGUUUGGAGCACCCGGAACACAUGGAAGGCGUCGGUCAUGGGGCCAAAACGGCCCUGGCCGAAUGCCAACAUCAGUUCCGGGAAAUGCGAUGGAACUGCUCGACGACGGGCAGACCGGGAGAUGCUGCGGUCUUUGGGCCAAUGUAUAAUAUAGCCAGCCGCGAAAGCGCCUUCGUGCACGCGAUAGCUGCUGCAGGAGUGGCUGUGCAGGUGUCGAGAGCGUGCCGAGACGGCCGACUGGCCUCCUGCGGCUGCUCGAGGGCGCCCAGGCCCAGGGACCUCCAAAAGGAAUGGGUCUGGGGCGGAUGCGGCGACAACCUGGAAUACGGAGCCAAGUUUGCCCAAGAAUUUGUGGAUAUCAGAGAACGUGAACGAAGAGCAAGAGUUAAAAAAGGUUCCAAAGCUCAAGGCAGAGCUUUAAUGAAUUUGUAUAAUAACGAGGCUGGCAGAAGGGCGGUGGUCGCAAAAUCCAAAGUCACCUGCAAAUGUCAUGGAGUCAGUGGCUCCUGCAGUCUCAUCACUUGCUGGCAACAACUUGCCAAUUUUAGAGACAUUGGUGAUUAUUUAAAGGACAAAUACGACGGUGCCACCAAAGUCCGAAUAAAUAAACGUGGAAAGCUUCAAAUCAGAGAUACCAGCUACAAAAUGCCUUCUCCAGGAGAUCUGGUCUACAUUGAAGAUUCGCCGAAUUAUUGCGUUAAGAAUCAAAUUACCGGCAGUUUAGGAACACAUGGCAGAGUUUGCAACAGGACUUCGGACGGCCUGGACGGCUGCAAGUUGCUCUGCUGCGGCCGCGGCUACAACACCCGGAAGAUUUCUGUCCGAGAGCGAUGCGAAUGCAAAUUCCACUGGUGCUGUUUUGUCGAAUGCAAAACCUGCGUUCGAAACGUCGACGUCCAUACUUGCAAAUAA